CCCCUCUCGUUUUUGACUGAUGGCAUGCAUUGCUGAUCGACAGCAAGAUCCAUGAUCGGUUGACCCUUCCUCCUCCAGCUUCAAGCUCCAAAUGCAUAAGCAGGACAAGCUUCUUUUCAAGCCACCCAGAAACCUUCGCAGAAGGGGAAGAGUGGGGAUUGGCAGGGAGGGAGAAGGGGAGAAAGUCUAACCUCGCCUAAAACUGGAAAAUCCUUUCUUGUAUCUCUUUGCCAAGUCCUGGGGAUAGAAGUCUCUUCUUCCUUAUCGGGGUAACCCGGUAUGGUAGACUACAGUAACCAGUACUUUACAGCUAUAACAGGGUACUAACAGCUUGAUUUAAUGAUAUUUUCUUUUCUUUCCCCCCCCACUCAUCUACUGAAUUUUGUGUGAUUUUCUUUUACUGGAAUACGAUCGCAGAAACACUUCUCUUUUAACCAGGUUCAACUGUCUCUGGGUCAUGAAGACAUCGCAUCCCUGAACACAAUUCAAGGGGUUUCUUUCGGUUGGUCUAAUUCUUGGGUUUCGUGCCCUAGCGUCGUGGCUCUCUUGAGUCUCGAGCCUUGGGACUCGGGCACCAACACCCCUCGCCGGAAGAGGUUCGCUCCAAAGGGCCGCGUCCUGUUCAUCAUCCAAAUCCUCUUUUCAAAAACCUCUCUCACUUCUCUCCCCCGAGGAGAAAAAAAAAAAGUCAAAUUCAAGAAUCAACUAAAAUAGAGGGUCUAGUCCCUCGCUUGAACAAAUUGCCUUCUCCGAUCCUUAAGACAUUCCUUUUUAUACAUAUCUAUUUCUCCUCUUGUUUCUUGCACUUCGUCAUUUCUACCCAAACUUUCUCAGCCGGGCUUGUAUUCUCUUAUCCACCGCUACCUCCCCCUUCUCUUUUAUACAAAGUUUACUCUUCUUUUCCCAGCUUCUUCACACACUUUUCUCUGUGCUCUUGCUCCUUUCCAUUCAAAAUCAACCCAGUUCCAUAGUUCUGCAACAUCCCUCCCUUAAUUCACCAGGCCCGGGUAGGGUAAUUUGGGAAAGAUCAACGUCAUGGUAAUUGGAUUAUCUUUAGAGAAGCUUCCGCUGGAAGUGAUCCACCAAGUGUUCUCCUUGCUCUCACCCCAGGACCUAACAUCACUGCGCUUGACUUCCCGUUCAAUACUCCCUGCAGCGACAGCAAAUACCCAUUGGCGCCAUCACUUCUUUGAUGGCCUCUUGUCUUCACAUGCCGCGCUUAUAGACAUAUCUUCCAUAGCUCGUGAUCAAUGGGCAUUCCAGCUGGUGCCGGACGGAUGGUUCCGAGCUUACACUACCUUAAUACGAAUCGCAAACGAGGACUGGUUGCGCACAGAGGAGGAGUUGAAAGGCUCGACCUGGACGGUUUUUUUCAAGAUGUAUCUGCGGGAGGGAGGAGCGAGCUCAGACGACGAAACUGGUCACGCGUUGGUGGAAUUGACACAUGAUUUGACUUCCAAUCGAAUAGAGGGAUUACCACUCCGUAGCAGUUCGUGGUACGUGGAUCAGAAGAAAACCUUAAGAUUUUCCGGCUAUCCCCCAAUCGUUCCAUCCCGAGACCCCCACACUUGGUAUGCCCUCAACGUGCUCAAUACCGCGAUCCUUGAGGAAUCUAAUACAGCCGGACUCAUUGACGAGGACAAACGCCAGGCCCUGGAAUCGGGUGUCCAUGAUAGCCUCCGGGCUGCCCAGGAGAAACGGAAGAAUGAGUUACCAGCAAGACUUCGGGAGCUGCAUUUGUUGAGGAGUUCUGCAAGAGAACGAAGCAUGAAUUGUGGCUACGAACGCCCCAGCGACUUGGGAAGUAGCAAGUCGGGGGGUGCUAGUGGGAGUGGCAAUGGGGGGAUUGCGGUAGGUCCAGUGGAGGAGGCAGGAAAGCGAGAGUGAUUUCUGCGAUAAUAAUGAAGAUCUUCGUUUUUCUCAUCAUUUCCUUUUGGUCACCUCGGGGUUUUCACCCAUUUUUCUUCCCUUUCUUCCCAUUCAAUGGGGGGUGGAAUUUGCUAUCGGACCACCGGCGGAAGCGUGGGAUUGUCCGCGAGAGGUUUAGCUUGACAGGUUGGCCGCGCCACAAAAACCAGCCAACGAGAUCCAACACGUCUAGAGGGCUCAGGUUAUCGUGCUAGGAAAGCACUAAUUUCUUCUCGGGAGCCUUUGUCUCUGAAUCCGGAUAUCAGGCCUACCGGGGAUGGCGAAUUACGAUAGAUCUUCCGAUCCUGUAAUAUCUUUUCCACCACCUUUUUUUGUCUCUUUCCUCACUUUUCCCCCUUCGGUAUUGCUCCUUCAUGUAUUUUAUCUGGAGCGAAGCACUUCACGCGAUAGCUCGACGGCAGGGCAGCGUACAAGUACUUGUCUCGGGCAAUGAGUGUCUGGAGGUACGGAUUCGUGGGAUAUAUGGUAAAAUAUAUGUGCGUAUCUGGGCGCUCGUAUAAACCCACAACUCGUAUUUUCGGAUGUUGUAUAUGCUUGGGACAAGUACCGGUACUCGGAAAAUGAGGCAGGGGGUAAUUGGUGUUUUAAACGUUUUUGCUUGCAUGAAGUUGUACAGUAGAAAACUUCAAAUACUUGCUGUUUGGUCUAAA